GCGUGCGCGGUGUUCCGGUUCCGGGAGACAGCCAUGGCGUUCCUGUGUCAGCGUGACAGCUACGCCCGGGAGCUCACCACCGCCGUGGUCUCCUGCCGCCCCGCGGAGCUGCAGCGCGAGGGCCGCGAUGGCGAGAAAGAAGUUCUCAGCGGUUUCCAGGUGGUGCUGGAAGACACGCUGCUUUUCCCCGAAGGCGGGGGACAGCCUGAUGACCGCGGCACAAUCAAUGGCAUCUCUGUGCUGAGAGUGACCCGCCGGGGGGCCCAGGCUGAUCAUUUUACACAGACAUCUCUGGCCCCUGGGAGCCAGGUCCAGGUCCAGGUGGACUGGGAGCGGAGAUUUGACCACAUGCAGCAACAUUCAGGGCAACAUCUCAUCACAGCAGUUGCUGACCAUCUCUUUGGGAUGAAGACAACAUCAUGGGAGCUAGGGAGGCUCCGGAGUGUGAUUGAGCUGGACAGCCCCUCUGUGACUGCAGAGCAAGUAGCUGCCAUUGAGCAGAGUGUCAAUGAGAAGAUCAGAGAUCGGCUGCCUGUGAGUGUAAGAGAACUGAGCCUGGAUGAUCCUGAGGUGGAGCAGGUAAGGGGCCGGGGUUUGCCAGAUGAUCAUGCUGGGCCCAUUCGAGUUGUUACCAUUGAGGGUGUUGAUUCCAACAUGUGCUGUGGGACCCAUGUCCGCAAUCUCAGUGACCUUCAGGUCAUUAAAAUUCUGGGCACUGAAAAGGGAAAGAAGAACAAAACCAACUUGGUAUUUCUGGCUGGGAAUCGGGUGCUAAAAUGGAUGGAAAGAAGUCACGGAACUGAAAAGGCACUGACCGCUCUACUUAAGUGUGGAGCAGAGGAUCAUGUGGAUGCAGUGAAAAAGCUCCAGAACUCCACCAAGCUCCUGCAAAAGAAUAAUUUGAAUCUGCUCAGAGACCUGGCUGUACACAUUGCCCACAGCCUCCAGAGUAGCCUGGAUUGUGGACGUGUGGUCACACUUCACAGGAAGGAGGGCGAUUCUGAGUUCAUGAAUAUCAUUGCCAACGAGAUUGGGUCAAAGGAGACCCUCCUGUUCUUAACUGUGGGAGAUGAGAAAGCUGCUGGACUCUUUUUACUGGCAGGGCCGGCUGAGGCUGUGGAAACCCUGGGGCCAAGGGUGGCCGAGGUCUUGGAAGGCAAAGGAGCCGGGAAGAAAGGCCGCUUCCAGGGAAAGGCCACCAAGAUGAGCCGGCGGGCAGAGGCACAGGCGCUUCUGCAGGACUAUGUCAGCACACAGAGUGCCGAAGAGUGAGGAUCAGCAUGGUUGCCCUAUCUACAGGAAUUUCUCAGACAGUAGCUACUGCCUACAUUAAUGGUGUAACUCUCUCACACAGUGUGUGAUUAGUUUCUAUUUGUGAAUAAAGUUUUCCAAUUUGACCCCUAUUAGACAUAA